AUGAAGAAGAUGUUCGUUGUCGAUACACCGAACACACAGCCUGAUUCACGACUGUGGUUUGUUGGCUUCUUCUCCACCGAUGACAAACAGAAGAGAAAACCGGGUCCUCAUUGUCAUCGUCGGGUGGUGGUUAUGAUUUUGAUCCCGCUGAAGUGCGUCACACCUUUAGAGCAGCUGGGGAAAGGUUUUAUAUGGACUGAUGUCCUCCUUAUGGAUGAAAUCUUACCGGAGGCUGGUCUACAAGAUUUUGGUUUUGAGGUUGCUUGUGUUGCUGUCAGUGAGUAUGUUGCUAGCUCUUUUACCCAUCUUCUUCAUGAAAUUUCUGGUUUCCGUGUUGUUCUUGAUCAAGAAUUGGGAUUGAUAUUGAAGCUAAGAGACAUGAUGAUUGGUUGGAUACAUGAAGGGUUUCAGAGCUUCUUCAGACAGCUUAAUGAUGAGUUACUAUUGAUCUCUGGACAAAAUGUUAAUAAAACCGGGUCCUCAUUGUCAUCGUCGGGUGGUGGUUAUGCUUUUGAUCCCGCUGAAGUGCGUCACACCUUUAGAGCAGCUGGGGAAAGGUUCUUGCAACUGAAAACAGUUAUGUAUUUUGAAAUCCAUGAAUCUAAACUUGAUUUGUGUGAUAAUGUGUCACAACUGAAAGCUCUUUUGUUUCAGCUAAUGUUCAAGUCAUUACUUGCCAUCCCUUCCUGGUGUACUGCAGCCCAGUACACCAGCUGGCAAACCAAUGAUAUGGAGGAUUUUUAUGACAUGGUUGCUUGUGUUGUUGUCAGUAACUAUGUUGCUAGCUCUUUUACCCAUCUUCUUCAUGAAAUUUCUGGUUUCCGUGUUGUUCUUGAUCAAGAAUUGGGAUUGAUAUUGAAGCUAAGACACAUGAUGAUUGGUUGGAUACAUGAAGGGUUUCAGAGCUUCUUCAGACAUCUUAAUGAUGAGUUACUAUUGCUCUCUGGACAAAAUGUUAAUGUUAAUGUUAAUGUUGUACAACAACACCAACAAGAGCUGCAACAGGAGAUGUUGCAAGGUGACAAGGUCCCUGUUGGGGUUGUACUUGUGAUAUCCCAGCCAUCUGUUUUCAUUGAAAGAGAAGCCAACUCAGGAAAAAUCGGGUCCUCAUUGUCAUCGUCGGGUGGUGGUUAUGCUUUUGAUCCUGCUGAAGUGCGUCACACCUUUAGAGCAGCUGGGGAAAGGUUCUUGCAACUGAAAACAGUUAUGUAUUUUGAAAUCCAUGAAUCUAAACUUGAUUUGUGUGAUAAUGUGUCACAACUGAAAGCUCUUUUGUUUCAGCUAAUGGUCAAGUCAUUGCUUGCCAUCCCUUCCCCGUGGACAGCAGCCCAGUACACCAGGUGGCAAACCAAUGAUAUGGAGGAUUUUUAUGACAUGGCACUUUUAAGCUGCCAGACAACAAAUACAGCAAUGGAUAUCUCCAACAAAUCUAUUGAACCGACUUCAUAUGUAUUAUUGAUUAUGGACAGAGUUAAUUUAUCAGUAAUACCGAGUGUUCCCAGAAUGUGA